AUCCCUUUCCAAAAGGACCAGCUACCCAUGUCUGAGCAGACAGUGUACUUGUUAACAGACUCACAGAUGCUCCUAUAGGACUGCAGCCACAGGACGCAGAGAGAGAGUUCCCCAAGCUUCAGCAUCUCACCACGGAUUGGCACCUUCUUCUCUUCUCCUAAAUUAACUUCUGCUGAGGGGCCUCAUUUUUACCACGUCUCCUGCAGUGAUCAAAGCUGGCAAGUUUUGGAAUUUAAAGAAAAUCUACUUUUCAGGCUACUCAUCUCACGAUGAUUCCCUUUAUUUCAUUGGUGAUACUAUUGACUGUGUGGGCUUCCGAUGCAAAAAAUGUUCCACAGACAAACAGUGCAUCUGUUGAAAAGGAUAUGUCAAAUCUCGACAUUCAAGUCAUUCAAAGCCAUGGUUAUGGUGAUGAGGAUGUAAAACAACUGCAAUUUGACAAGCAUCACAAGAGAGCGCCGCGGGGCGCAGAGAUCAUGGACACAGACGCAGGUGAACCUCAGUCUACCUUCUCACAGUCUUAUGAGAAUGAAUUCUUCACCACACCCAGAGCCACCCAGUACUCUAACUCAACCCUAGACACUGGAGCCACUGGGGCCAACACAGAUGGGGACCAGGGCAAUACCAGCACUACAGAGCGGGGCAUCACCCACAUCCACAACCCUCUGUACCCAGUGACUGACAGCUCCUACACUGCCUACGCAGUCAUGUUCCUGUCUCUGGUGGUGUUCGCUGUGGGGAUUAUAGGGAACCUUGCUGUGAUGUGCAUCGUCUGGCACAACUACUACAUGAGGAGUGCUUGGAACUACAUCCUGGCCAGCUUGGCUUUCUGGGAUUUCCUGGUGCUCUGCUUCUGUUUACCUGUGGUGGUCUUCAAUGAGCUCACCAAUAAGAGGCUGCUGGGGGACAUCUCAUGCAGAGUGGUACCAUAUAUGGAGGUGACUUCCCUAGGGGUGACUUCCUUCAGCCUGUGUGCCCUGGGUAUCGACCGCUUUAAUGCUACCACUAGCUCCCAGCCCAAGACCCGUCGGGUGGAGCGCUGUCAGUCCGUCCUGGCCAAGCUGCUGGUCAUCUGGGUUGGUUCCAUGGUGCUGGCGGCCCCAGAGCUUCUCCUAUGGCAGCUCAGUCAGGCCGUGUCUCCAGCCACAGGGGCCUUGAUGGACUCCUGCACCAUGAACCCCACCUACAACCUUCCCGAGUCCAUCUACGCCCUGGUCAUCAACUACCACGAGUGCCGCAUGUGGUGGUACUUUGGCUGCUACUUCUGCCUGCCCGUGGUCUUCACCCUGCUGUGCCAGCUGGCCACCUGCCACGUGUCCCAUGACAGCAUCCCUGAGCGUCUGGAGGAGCGUUCCCCCUCCAAGAAGCAGAAGAUACAACACAACCAACAGGUGGAGCGCCAGCUCAACUGCACCGUGAUGGCCCUGGCUGUGGUUUACGGCAUCUGCGCCCUACCGGAGAACGUGUGCAACAUCGUUCUGGCCUACACCGCCAUGCCCAUCUCUGACAACACCGCCACCCUGCUGGCCCUCAUCAACCAGUUCUUCUUGUUCUUCAAGUCGUCGGUGACGCCAGUGCUGCUGCUGUGCCUCUGUAAGUCCCUGGGCCAGGCCUUCAUGGACUGCUGCUGCUGCUGCUGUGAGGAGUGCCAACCCGGCAGUUCCUCUUCCCCUGGCACUGAGGCCAAACUCAAGAGCACAUCCUCCAUCUUCUUUGACAAAGCCAAGGACAGCUCCACCAUCCUGUCAAUCAGCGGGUCCAGCUGAACUGGCUUCUCCUGCCUGCCUUUUCUUUCCAUCCUAUCACCUAACCUGAUUAGAUGUGGUAACAAAACAACUCACCUUUCAGCAGUGGACAUUCCAACCUCAACCUCACCCCCUUUCCUCCCCAGUCCCACCACACAGGGAUCAGAUGCUGGAUCUCUCCAUGGACACGCCUUUGUUUUCAGUGUUAUUAGUCAGAGGACUGGGAGCAUUUUCAGUGCCACCUUCUCUGUACCUUUAAAGUCUGUAAUGUCUCUCCUUUUGAUGUUCUCUCCAAAUAGAGACCACACCCCAUCCAGUUUUAAGGUGGUUCGUUUUACAGGAAGUUAAGACUGACUAAGUGCAGAUUAGGAGAAGAGCUCCAUUUAAUAUCUUUGUAGAAGUGUCACCCCAAUGUUUUCAUCCUACGGAUUUGUAGAUCAAGAUAAACUGAGUAUUAUGUUAGAUUAUUAUGAAAGGUUUGACUAACUAACAUUCCCUUGGAGCCUCAGAGUGUGGGGCACUGAGAUAAUUAUUUUUGAUGUCACAGCCUAUUUACAUAUCUGUUAAACAAUGUGUGUUCGCUCACUAGCCAACACAGACAAGUGUGCCAUAGAAUUUUCUUCAUGCCCCCCCCCCCCCCCCCCCCCCCAGAUGGAGCUAAUUCAUCUUUAGCCACCCCGUGCCAUUGUAUACAUUAUUACUUUGAGUUUUAUUAAUAAUCAAGAGGGAUGGUUAAGACAUAGUCAUUUCCAUCAAAGUGCUGUGAAUAAUAAAUAUUUGACGAGAUAAUCAUGAAAAGUCUCUAUACAGAGGUCAAGGUUAUCAACCGGUUAUAAGAAGGUCAAGAGAGAAGUCACCUCAUUUUGUGAAUAAGAGACAAAAUGGUUCUGAGAUGUAAAUCCGCCGGCUGUAGUGUUGUUAAUUUAUCCAAUAAAGGUUUAUAAUUUA